CAGCCGUCCCAACACACAGGCUAGACCUACAUGACAUACUGAACACAUGACACUACCCACCCUUCCUGACCAAAGACCGAGCAGUCCAAUGACCGUAGUCUAGAAACGUUCCUUUCUCCUCUUUUUCAUCGGUAGUAGAGGCUUCAAAACGAACACUAUUAGAUGAUGCAUGACACAAGUAGGAUUGAGUUAGAACGGAAAAUGUCUGACGAUCCUGCAAUCUUCCUGAGCGAGGACGAAGAAGAAGAUGACGACUCCGAGAGCGACGGCAUCGAGAGCGUACCGGAGCUCGAAGACAAGCUGAACAAGUGGACUAACUACAUCCACGGCUGGCAAGACCGCUGGGUGUCGCUCCGGAAUGGUACGCUAAGCUACUUCAAGUCACACACGGACAUUCACCUUGGGUGCCGAGGAUCCAUCAGUCUGGCCAGGGCAGAUAUUGAGGCCCACCCCUUUGACGAACUUCGGUUUGACGUCAGUAUCAACGAUAAUGUCUGGUACCUGCGCUGCAAGAACACAGAGGACCGGCAGAAGUGGCUGGACGCUCUGGAGGCACAGAAGGCAGCAGCUGAGGCCGAGAGCACCAGUCUGCAACGCCAGGGCUCCAUGCUGUCGUUGCAUUCCACUGCUAGUCUGGCAUCCUCUUCCUCUUUCAAGAAGGGGCGUGGUCUGCGAGAGAAGCUUGCCGAGAUGGAAACAUUCCGUGACAUCCUCUGCCGUCAGGUGGACGCCCUGCAGGGUUACUUUGAUGCCUGUGCUGAAUCUGCUGCCGGGUCUGGAGACCAUAGAAAAUGGCUUGAUGACCCAUUAGUGGACAGCAACGAUGACGAGGAUGACAUUGAAGAUGAGUCCGGAACCACUCCUAGAGUUGACUCCCACAUGAGGUUGACCCACACAAAUGGUCUCUCAGCUCAGAGAGACAGAGACAAACCCAACUUCCAGCCCCACCAGAUGGGCAUGGACUUCAAAGGGGAGGCGUUCACCUUCAAGGCCACCACAGCCGGUAUCCUGGCAACCUUGUCACACUGCAUCGAUCUGAUGAGGCAGAGGGAGGAGCAAUGGCAGAAGAGGCUUGAGAAGGAAGGGCCUCACAGCAUGUUGAAGGAGGAUGAGUUCUUUGAUGCCAUUGAUGCAGCCCUGGACAUCCACGACCAGAGUGAGGCUGAGAUAGAGCAAGCAGAUGAUGCAGCGGAACACAAGGAUGCUUCAUUUAGCUCCAGCAACACCAUAAGUAAGGAUCUACCACCCCACCCCCAUCGGCUCAUCCAAGAGUGCCACGACAAAGUGGAAGAGAACAUUAGAUACUCCUUUGAGAACAUUGAGAGCAACUGGGAUCUGCUGCACCAGGAAGGAGAGAUGAAGAUCUACAAAAUGGAGCAGGAGGUGGAUGGGAUUGUCCUGGACCCUCUCAAGGCGACACACACCGUGCGCAAGGUCACGGCGCACGAGAUGUGCCGGCUGUUCUGGGAUCUCAAGUACAGAAUGGACUGGGAUGGGACCCUUGACUGGUGUAAGUCCUUGGAGACGCUGGCCCCAGAUACCUUUAUUUGCCACCAGAUGAUGCGCCGGGUCUGGCCCGCCACGCAGCGUGACACCUGCUUCCUCUCCCACAUCCGCAAGCUGGACCUCAGCCAGCAGUCACAGGGCGACGUGGGCUCCUGGAUCGUCGUCAACUAUUCAGUGGACCAUCCGGAUGGGACAAGUAAGUGUAUCCGUGCCAAGAUAAAUGUCUGUAUGCUCUGCCAGACAUUUCUUGAUCCGCCUGACACGAAGCUGGAAGAUGCAACCAGAGACAACCUAGUCUGCAAGAUCUACUAUGUGGCACACGCAAAUCCUGGAGGUUGGGUUCCGAGCUCUGUCAUUCGCGCUGUCUACAAACGAGAGUAUCCGAAAUUCCUCCGUCGGUUUUCUGGACACGUGGUAGACUUCUUUAAGAAUAAAGCCAUAAUGUUGUAGUGCCAACAGGAUGGUAGUGUAGCGGUAGACCCAAUGCUGUAAUGCUGGAUGGUAUCAUUGGGAAACGAAGGUGGGGGGGAGGGCUGAACUAUCUUGUCUGUGUACACAAGCCAAUGUGUUUGUCUCCAUGUCUCCAUCACCCUAGACAAACAAAAUUGCCAUACUGAGCAGGCAUGGCGGUUACAUGGUGUAACAGGAAAAGACCUGGAAAACCCAAAUAGUGUAAAAUUUUCGAUAGCCAGAAUUGGAAGCCAUUACUGUGGUGGCAUUUGCUAAGUGCACACGUGUGUCAAGCUAAAGAUAUGCAUGUGAAUGUGGGGCCACCACAGUCACGACAUCUGAUCGGACUAGUCUGUACAUGGAAGUCUUUGGAGGUGGCCGUCAUGUUUGUCUAUGUACCAGCCCACUUCAACAGUUACAGCAUGAAGUGGACUUAGCUCAUAAGAACCAGGCUGUAGAAAUUCCAGCCCUUGCAUCAAGCCAUCUAGUAAACGGUCAUUUCUUAAAACCCGGGUUUCACUUCACACUCCCAGAUUGAACGCCCGGUGUGCUUACUCAAUUCAAGCAAUAUUACAUGGGGGGGUCAUGUCCAUAAACACUAAUUCUUUACUGACCUGUUAAAUAUGCUUAACCACCAGCAUGGAAAUCUGCUGUAAUGAUCAGAGAACUCUGUGCUUAGGGCAAACUGAGCCAUAACUUUUAGCCCGCUGUUCAAGACUUGGUCGUACUACUUGGCUGUAUUCACAAUUGGGACAUUAAUGGUAUCAAUAGAACACCAACUUGAGUCCAUUUGAGCAUUACAAGAAGCAGUAACUCACUGCAUAGAUGUAUUUCAACAAACUGGUAAUACUUGCUGGACAGGAUCACACUUGCUGUAUUUUUGGAACUCUUCUGUUUUUUUUAUAAAAUUGUCAAAAUUGUUUUGCCCCUAAAUCGGAUGGGAGCACAGAAUGAUCACAUUACUUAGUCAGUUCAAAAUUUGAAUAGAACAUUACAUCCACUUUCUUGCAUUGUUUACUGACUUCAAAAGGCGUUAAUCCAUCAAAAAGUGUGCUAAUAAAAUUAGUGUGUAUAUAUUGUUACAAAUCCUUUGUUUUCACAGUCGGUAAGCUUUUUUUCAAUUGAAAAAUUAAAAUGGGUGCAAAUUUUUUCCUGCUGACACAUGGAUGAGGAAGAUAUGAAAACUUACAAUGUAAGACUUGGCAAUGAAACCUUAGGCAUUAUUUUGAAGUAAGAUGUAAUGUAUAACAAACUAAGUUGAAGAAGUACAAACUACUGUGCUCUCAUUACAACAAACCUCUUCAGUUUAUGUCAAGUAUGUCAUGUACAUUUUGCCUCCCGUUGAAAAAUUAGGUUUGUGACAGUGUGGCAGAUCUCACAGUUGCAACUUGAUUCCAGCUCAACUUAUCGUAGGCAAAAAAUCUCCCCUAAACAUUGAAUAUAUUCCACGAACUAAUGCAGAGUUUUGUAUUAUGUGCAAAUAUGCUGCAAGGGAGAUUUCUGUACUUUUCUGAAGUACCUAUGGGUAGAAUUUCUCUGCAAAUGCUGUGAAUAAACAGGGAUCGUGAGCAUGGAAUUGUGUGGAGAACAAGGCCGUGAAAUUGAGCCUCUGUUGGUCAUACAUGUAGUUGUAUGUGGACAUGUCCAAAAGCUGCAUCCGUGUGGGAACAGAAUGAACCGUAUUGCCAUCCAUCACAUGAUCUCUUAUUAUCGUGUGAGUACAAAAAGUAGAACAAGGUGUUGAGAAAGAAAGCAGCUAUAAAUGUGUCUUUACAGGGUUAAGGAAGAACAAUUACUGAAACAGUAUUGAUAUUAUUUUAUAUUUGAUAUGUAAAAAAUCCUAGUUUACAUACACAUAUGAUCUAAUACAAAUAAGAUGCUGAACUUUAAGACUACUAGAUUCACGGGAAAAGAUAAACGUGAUUCCUACUUUGUAAUUUUUGUCCUUUGAAUUGAAAUACAUAAGCCUUUAUAUUAUAUAUACCAGUAGGCUAAAUUGAAAAAGAAAAGGGGGAAUGCGUUUAAGGCCAAUAUAUAUUGUACAUGCAAUCAGUCUGAUUUGGUGCUAAAACAAGUAGUGACGUUAAUUCAUGUGUCAGUCGGUUAGGUUAUAAAGCUGUCCAUCGAGUCUGACGACGACAGAUCUCUCUUGAUCCUAGCGCCGCAGUGUGAGCCUUCAGGUGACUGUUGAGCCCGAUGCAAGAGGCACAGCUUCAGCCACACUCUGUGCAGAUCUAUGCUGGGUUUGGACUGGCUGGGCAGGCUGCUUGUAAGUCAGUCAGUGGUGACAGUAAAGAAGACAAAUUUAUUCUCAUUUCAGUGUUGAAGAGGAUUUGGGUCAUAAAAUAGUUUAAAUGGCUGUACAAUGAAAUGUUUGCAGAAAUGAUAUAACACAGAGUAACAUUAAAUUGUUAUUGAUCUGCUGAAAAUUUCCUUGAAAGGAUAACUUUUAUUAUAAAGUCCACAACCAGUUUAAUGGAAAUAUGGUUGUUUCUUUUUGGCACACAAUGGAUGCGUUGACUUUUAGCCUCCAGCAAAAGAAAAAAAAAUUGCUGUGUUUUAGCGAGACUCAUUCUUGAAAGCUUUUUUUUUUUCAGAUUAAUCGCACCCAUGCAGGUCUUUGUAAAAUUAAGCUUGCUGCUUCCUGCUUUCAAGUGUUGUAAAGUUAAUGACAAAUUGUUGAAUGAAGUUGCAUUUUUUGGCUAGAUUUAUCUCAUGCAUCAUGCAUGUGCGUAAUUAGCUGUAAUGUAAUGCUUCAAUGCAAUAGAAUAUACAUGUAUUUAUGUGUGCGUGUACAUAGCCAUGUGAGUAUCUGGUUUAUAAAUGUUACUUGAAUGUAGAGAUGUUACACAAGCAGGUUCCAAUUUUUUUUCUGUUUUUAUUUUGUCAAAUUGAAGGUCAACAUCCUGCCAUACCCCUCCCAGCUCAAAUAUAUUUUGCAAGUUCAUGGAUUACAAUCACAGUCGAACCUCAUUAAUAAGAGGUCCUUCAGACUUGGAAAAUUACCUUGUCAUAACAGGAACCUUGUAUUAGCAGAAAUAAAAAGCAAUGAAAAUCAAAGAAUUGGGACCCUAAAAUUUCCCUGUUAUAAACAGUGAUCUUAUUAACGAGGUUUUACUGUACACUGAUUGCUUGCCAGAGAACCUGCUCCGUUUCUUCUUAGAUAAGACCCUCCAGUGCUUGCCCCACUCUUUACAAGAAGCUAUUGACUAGUAGGUGCAUAUACUGAAGUAUAUUUUACAUGUUAGGGUGUACAUGUGCAUAUUUUGUAGAAUAGGGCUAAAGAAUGACCAACUGGCAAGUUUAUACUUGGGUGUCUUCCUUAAAGCAGAGUUAAGCAGCUAUCUGUUACUGUCCGUUCUCCUUGAAGAUGUUCGACUGAAUGAUUGUUGAUACUUGUUAAUGAGGAUUUUUUGCUCCAGCAAUGGCAAGCUAUCUUAAUAAUUACUGGCAUUUACUUGUGUACAUCUCAUACGGAGGCAUGAUGAGAAAUCCAUUAUUCUGAUCAGUGUUUAAGAAUAUUCACGUGAAAGUACUUUGGAUUCUCGGAUAUUUCCUGUAAAAAAAAGAUGAAAUGAAUGUAUAUGUAAUAAAAACUGCACAGGUGUACAGUGCAAACAUGUGGUGAUUGGUGACUUGAA